AUUGAAAAGAAAAACCAAUUUCUAUUUUUUGUAUAAGAACUAGUCCGAAAGAAGCAACAAUCACAGCCCCAAAUCCAAUUCAUCUGUCCACCUGUUUCAAUUUGCGCAUCCAUUAUUACGAUCUGCUUUAAAUUCCAACCCUAAACAAUUCUCUCUGAAGAAGAAGAAGAAGAAGAAGAAGAAGAAAAUCAACUGCCUCGUUAAUUCCUUUAUACAAGGCAAUUCUACCAAAACAAGCAAAAAAACAACACACUCGUUAACUUCCUCGUCGUCUUCUUCCUUCUUCUCUGCUUUUGUCUUCCAGUUUUUGGUUUGCAUGCCGGUUCUUUCAUCCAUUUCCUUCGUGGGUUUUUCCUUUUGGGCUUCUUCUUUGAGCCAUGGCGGCUAAAAAGCUCUGUGAAACCUUCUCCAAGAGCCUGAUCGACGAGGUUCAGAAAUGGGGUUGUAUGAAACAGACUGGGGUUAGCUUAAGAUACAUGAUGGAGUUUGGUUCGAAGCCCACUCCCAAGAAUUUGCUCAUUUCUGCUCAGUUUCUUCAUAAGGAGCUUCCAAUUCGGAUUGCUAGAAGGGCUAUUGAACUUGAGAAUCUUCCUUAUGGCCUCUCUGUGAAACCUGCCGUUUUGAAGGUUCGAGACUGGUAUGUCGAUUCUUUCCGUGACCUUCGUUCCUUUCCCGAGAUAAAGAGUUCAGAUGAUGAAAAAGAGUUUACACAAAUGAUAAAAGCAAUUAAGGUGAGACACAACAAUGUGGUUCCAACGAUGGCUUUAGGUGUUCGACAGCUGAAGAAAGGCCUAGGUCUAAAUAAUAUCGGGUCUCUAGAUCUUCAUGAGAUUCAUCAGUUUUUGGAUCGCUUCUACAUGUCAAGAAUUGGGAUUCGCAUGCUCAUUGGGCAGCAUGUGGAAUUACACAAUCCCAAUCCCCCUCCUGACCGUGUAGGAUAUAUACACACAAAAAUGUCCCCUGUGGAGGUUGCGCAGAGCGCUAGUGAGGAUGCUCGUGCAAUCUGUUUACGUGAGUAUGGCAGUGCCCCUAAUAUCAAAAUCUAUGGAGAUCCGAGUUUUACAUUUCCUUACGUUCCAACCCACUUGCAUCUCAUGGUCUUUGAGUUGGUUAAGAACUCGUUACGUGCCGUGCAAGAGCGUUUCAUGGAUUCUGAUAAAGUUGCUCCUCCAGUUAGAAUCAUAGUUGCUGAUGGAAUUGAGGAUGUCACUAUUAAGGUAUCAGAUGAGGGUGGUGGCAUACCCCGAAGUGGGCUUCCUAGAAUUUUCACUUACCUCUACACCACUGCAAAAGACCCUCUGGACGAACAUCCAGAUCUGGGAACCGCGGAUUUGGUGACAAUGGCUGGCUAUGGUUAUGGCCUUCCGAUAAGCCGUCUUUAUGCUCGUUAUUUUGGCGGGGAUCUGCAAAUGAUCUCCAUGGAAGGAUACGGAACAGAUGCAUAUCUUCACCUGUCUCGUCUGGGGGAUUCACAAGAGCCACUGCCAUGAGGAAAAAGGAAGAAUCCCAUCCCAUGGAAGAUUUGGUAUUGAAAUUCAUCCAAUUGUAAUAACUUGGAAUUUUUAAUAAGCUUACUAUUCCCUUUCCCUUUCCCUUGUAUAUUCUGCCUUUUGCUUUAUGCAAAAAGAGCAUUUUCUCUGCCAUUUGGAAGUUAUUCCAUUGGGUUAACUUUCAGGCAUUUCUUUCCCCUUUCAAAAAAAUGAAAAAAUUAUUAGCAUUUAAAAAA